GUACCUUCUUAUCAACCAAUUCCAACUUAUCAAAAAGUACCACAUCAAACUCUUUCAAUUUCUACUACCAGUCAACCAAAUUGUACUAUUAAAGUACUACAAAGUACAAAUUCACAACAGCAACCACAUCAACACAUUUACCAACUUUCUUCACCAUCUACUUCUACUUAUCAACAGACAUCGCAACCACAACAUCUGAAUAUCACUGAUAUACUUGCUCAAUAUAUCACAACACAAAUUCCAACAUCAUCGACUUCCGGUUUGUCUACCAAAUAGUUUGACGUGGAUUGAACUCUCUAUUUAAUAUCGCCUCUAAUUAUAUUUAUCCAUAAUAUAUGCACUGUUUUUAUGUUAUUAUUUAUGCUUGAUAUAUUGAUUUUAUUGAUAAUGCACGUUUUGAGUGUGUGUGAGUGUGUGUGUGUGUGUACCAAUUUUCUUUUAGCACUCUUAUAACAUGAGAAAAAAACCUAUACCCAUACAUAGAAAUCUUUGAUUUUUAAAUUGUGCGUUUGGGGUUUAUUAGUGUCUUUUUUUUGAGGAAUAGCAUGAUUCUUUCUCACACUAGUCUAAUUCAUUUUUAACUAAUUGUAUUUUUUUGUUUUAUUUAUUUAAGGUUUAAAUCUUCUUGCGGCCACUUCAAAUGUUACAGAUUCAAGACAAAUGCCUUCACGUACAUCUUCAUCCGUUGUCAAUAAUCAUUCACAAGUCGCUUCAGAUUCAUCAUCGUCCAGUAUUUCCAACACAAAUACCACAUCUUUACUUCAAUCAUCAUCAUCUGCCACAAAUUCACAUCCGUUGUAUCAACGUUCUUAUUGUCGGUGGCCUAGUUGUGAUACCAUUUGUGUUUCUCUCAUCGAUUUCACAAGACAUUUAAAUGAAGAACAUUCAUUAGAUGAUAGAUCAGUAGCUCAAGCGAGAGUUCAACAACAUGUGGUGCAACAAUUAGAAGCAUUAGUAAGUGUUUCAAUAUUAAUUAACGUUCCUGAAAUGAAUGAGAAUAUGUCGGAUUGUAAUUAUUUGUCAGUCGGAGAUUAAUGAGUAGUGUGUUAAGAUUUACUUAUGGUUAGAAAAGACGCUCUUAUGAUAAGAUAAAAUCUAUUUUAUGUGUUUUCAUAUUGUGAACGUUGAUAAGAGUAACUUUUAUCCUCUAUACAAGCAG